UCUCUUCCACUCUCUCUCUCUUUCUCUCUGGGCCUCUCUCUCACACACACAGGUGCUGUUCUCAGGCAACCCUCACUCUCACAUAAAAACAUAAAAAACACACAAACUCAUCACAGGACUGUAGUUGGUUCACUUUUUUUGGUGCUGAGGAAACUCAACAUUUUGCCUUCAUGGAGGAUUACCACAAACCUGACCAGCAGACAGUGCAGGCGCUGAGGAACAUCGCCAACCGCCUCCGAAUCAACUCCAUCAAGGCAACAACUGCAGCAGGCAGCGGACACCCCACAUCAUGCUGCAGCGUGGCGGAGAUCAUGUCCGUGCUUUACUUCCACACCAUGAAGUAUCGCCCCGAAAACCCGAGGAACUUCAACAGCGAUCGCCUAGUCCUGUCCAAGGGUCACGCUGCUCCGGCCCUGUACUCCAUGUGGGUGGAAACAGGCUUCCUGAAGGAGAGCGAGCUCCUCACUUUGUGCCAGGUUGACUGUGCCCUGGAGGGCCACCCCACCCCUAAGCAGCAAAUUGUGGACGUAGCCACUGGCUCCUUGGGGCAGGGCCUUGGUGUGGCCUGUGGAAUGGCUUACACAGGGAAAUACUUUGACAAGUCCAGUUAUCGUGUGCACUGCCUGCUGGGGGAUGGCGAGAUGUCAGAGGGUGCCGUCUGGGAGGCCAUGUCGUUCGCCUCUUACUACCAGCUUGACAACCUCGUGGCCAUCAUGGACAUCAACCGCCUGGGCCAAAGUGACUCUGCACCACUGCAGCAUCAUGUAGAGAAAUAUCGAAAACACUGUGAAGCUUUCGGGUAAUAAUGCAUAACUCUGACAUUCCACGUGGCAGUAGAGGAUGAUAGUCACAUUACGCAAGGCAUGUCUGUUUCUACAAUGUCGUUAACGAUACCAAUGUGAUGCCGUGUGGUUUCAGCUGCAGAGGAUGACACUGGUUUGCGCGCAUCUGGACGGACGGAGAUGGUUAUGAAGGAUCUGCAGAGCCGCAUCAUGAACAGCAGCAAGCGCCUGUACCCUCCUGCUCCCACAGAGGACUCCCCACCGGUCAGCCUGGGGAACAUCAGGAUGCCGAGCGCGCCCAGCUACAAGGAUGGGGAAAAGAUUGCCACACGAAAGGCAUAUGGGAUGGCGUUGGCCAAAUUAGGCCGCUACAAUGAACGUGUUGUGGCCCUGGAUGGAGACACUAACAACCUCACCUACUCAGAGAUCUUUAAAAAUGAGCAUCCCAACCGCUUUGUGGAGUGCUACAUCGCUCAGCAGAACAUGGUCAGUGUUGCAAUGGGAUGUGCUGCCCGUGAGAGGAACGUUGUGUUUGCUAGCACUCUUGCUUCCUUUUUCACCCGCGCCUACGACCAGCUCCGCAUGGCAGCCAUCUCAGAGAGCAACAUCAACCUGUGUGGCUCACACUGCGGCUUGUCCACUGGAGAGGAAGGCCCCUCUAUGAUGGGUCUAGAGGACGUGGCUAUGUUCAGGGCCCUUCCCACUGCGACCAUUUUCUCUCCUUGUGACGGCGUGUCUACAGAGAAGGCUGUGGAACUGGCUGCUUCCACAAAGGGUGUUUGCUACAUCCGAACCAGCCGCCACGACUGCUCCAUCAUCUAUAACAGCAAUGAGGACUUCCAUGUUGGACAAGCUAAGGUGGUGUUCCAAAGCAAAGAUGACCAGGUGACGGUGGUGGCAGCUGGAGUGACUUUGCAUGAGGCCAUGGCUGCAGCUGAACAUUUAAAGAAAGAGAGGAUCUCAGUCAGGGUCAUCGACCCCUUCACAAUCAAGCCACUGGAUGUCAAAACUAUCAUUGACCACACACGUGCCACCAGGGGACGAAUCCUCACUGUGGAAGACCACUACUAUGAAGGUGGCCUCGGGGAGGCCGUGUCCUCAGCAAUGGUCAAUGAGUCUGGCUUCAAUUUGCAUCGUCUGGCUGUGUCCCAUGUCCCCCGCAGUGGUAAACCACAAGAGCUGCUCAAGCUCUAUGGCAUCGACCGUGACUCCAUCACCCAGGCCGUCCACAAGAUGAUCAGCAGCUCUACCAACGCCAAGUAACUUUAUCGCUGCCCCACCCACCUCUCUGAUCAGAUAAAGAUAAACGAUGUUUUUGAUUCACCUGACACCCAGCUCAUUAAAUUCCUUCACUGUGAAUGAGUGUGUACUGAAGUAAUGUGAUGUUGUGCUGUAUACUUUGAAGAAGUUCCACAUUUACCUUUCUUUCUUUCAUCCAUCCAUCCCAUCACACACAAGAGCAGAGACAAAAACAAUUGUCCCCACUCCUAAAUUAAUUGUCAUAAACCCAGUUCAGUAAUCAAAAUGUGACCAUAACUAACUUGGUGGAUGUUCACCAAAUAAAACAAUGCAUUAAUACAUGUUCAACAUGAGUACUGUGUGAUGCUCUCAUAUGUUUUGUAUGCUCUUUGAUUAAUUAAACUGAAAAUGUUUUUUUUA